AUGCCCAUUAAUAUUGACAACGAGGGGCAAUCAGUUAAUGUUCGCCCCUCCGAGGCCACCCCGCUGCUGCGCAGUAAUUUCGUCCAGACGAGUUACCAGGAUGUCUCGUAUUCUGCAUCGGAUGUUGAAUCGGCCUGCUCAUACAAAGAUACUGGAGGAGAAUCCCACGUUCGCUGUAUAUCCAGUGCGAGCUCCGCGUCCGAAGUACUCUGUGUUGGAACAUCUUGCUCUCCCAACCAAGAGCCGAACACCUCAACCCAAGAUGAAAAUGAUUAUGCCUCGAGGUUCAUUGAUAUCUCGCCGACAAGGUUCUGGAUCAUCUUUAGUGGCAUCCUGAUGGGCUACAUGAUCGGCUUCUUUGACUCGACCCUCAUGGCCUCCAGCCAUCCAGUCAUCACCUCCCACUUCAAUGCAGCCAACUCAGCCUCCUGGCUAUCAACAGCCUUCUUGUUGACCUCGACCGCAUUCAUGCCCUUAUUUGGGCGCAUUUCUGACGCAUUUGGCCGGAAACCUGUUUAUAUCUUCUCUAUUGUUAUGUUCUUCCUCACGACAGCAGGUUGUGGCUUGGCUCAAAGCAUCGGCAGUUUUAUUGCUGCUCGCGCACUUUGUGGGCUUGGUGCCGGUGGUAUCUUUUCUAUCGGUCAGAUCAUCUCCAGUGACUUGGUACGUCUCGAGUAUCGUGGUGUCUACCAAUCAUACAUCAACCUGUGUCUCGGCGUCGGUAGUAGCCUCGGCCUUGCCUUUGGGGGUUACCUGUGUGAUCAUAUCGGCUGGCGGGGUGCAUUUUUCAUCCAGCUGCCUUUCAUCUUCGUUUACUUGAUUGCAGCCGCUUGGACAGUCCCGGCUGACCUCGGCAUCAAAGAAACUGGAAUGGAGCGCAUGAAAGUCUGGCAGUUAGUCCGGAGUAUCGAUAUACUAGGAUCAGUCAUUUUGAUUAUGUGUGUGACUCUGUUUAUCGUGGGUCUGAACUUUGGAGGAAAUGUCUAUCCUUGGAGCCAUCCAGUUAUCGUCGUCUCCCUAGUGUCGUCAUUGGUCCUAGCCGUUAUCUUGGUGCGCUAUGAGCGACACGUUCCACGACCUGUGCUACCAAUCGAGCUCAUGUCAAAGGAUCCUCGAGCGAGUAUUAUCUUUGGCAAUUUCUUUGCCGCUGUGUCUCUACAUACCAUGAUUUUCAAUGCUCCGCUGUAUUUUCAGGCCGUGAAGUUGGAGAGCCCAACUGAUUCAGGUCUGCGCCUUGUGGCCUCCUCCAUAGCUGUCACUAUCUCUAGUGUGACCACCGGGUUCAUGAUUACCUGGACUAGACGUCUCAAACCUUUUGUCAUCGUUGGUGUAUGCCUCAUGGUGAUCGGUGGAUUUGCAGCUUCAUCCAUGGGCAUUAACACCUCUCAAGCAGUCUCCAUGAUCUGCGUGUCAUUUUCCAGUCUAGGCCAGGGCUUCUCAUUUCCCUGCCUUAUGGUCUCCAUUCUCGCAGCUAGUGAGAAACAAGACCAGGCUGUCGCAACAACCACUCUGGGGCUGUGGAGAAACCUAGGCGCCGUGAUGGGUGUGGCUGUCAGCAGCUGGAUCUUCCAGAAUAGUCUCCUGUACCAACUCGACAACAACGUCACUGGUAUUGACAAGGAGCAUAUUAUUGCGCUUGUCCGCAAAUCCGUUCAUGCUAUUGCUCAUUUGGAUCCAAUCCAUCGGCAACAAGUUACAACGUCAUACUGUGCAGCUCUUCAACUGACCUUCCUAUCCGCGGCCUUCUGGGGAGUCAUUGUGUUAAUGUUUCUGGGCCGAGUCCAGCUACCGCGAUUGGGGAGAAAGGCGUAA